AUGGCAAACAACGACAUUCUCAAAGGCCGCCUCGGCCGCUGGAAUGUGGCACACAGGCUUGAAAAGUCGGCACUGCUGAACAGCGUGUGCUUCAUGGCCGGCAUCUCCAUCUUCUUCUUCGGCUACGACCAAGGUCUGAUGGGCGGUGUCAACACGGCCCGCAACUACGUUGAGCUCAUGGACUUCGGCCACUGGGACGAGGAGGGCCGGAUUGUCGUCGUCGACGACCCCGUGAAGCAGGGUUUCAUCAACGCAUGUUAUUAUCUCCCUGGUACGCUGGUCGGUUGCCUGCUUGGCGGCUGGCUGGGUGACCGCUAUGGCCGGACUACGACCAUUGGAAUGGCUUGUGUCUGGUCUGUCCUGACUGCGGCCCUCCAGUCUGCGGCCAUGAACUCAUCCUGGAUGAUCUCAGCUCGUGUGUUGAACGGCAUUGGGACCGGCAUUCUCAACGCUGUGACCCCAGUAUGGGCCACUGAGACGGCGGCCCACACGUCUCGAGGCGCCUUCAUUUCCAUCGAGUUCACCCUCAACAUUCUCGGUGUCAUCGUUGCUUACUGGCUGCAAUUCGGCACCUCCAAGAUGCCCAACCAGCAGUCGUCCUUCAUCUGGCGCUUCCCCAUCGCCUUCCAGAUCGUCCCGCUGAUCGCCCUCUUCACCGUCAUCUGGUUCAUGCCCGAGUCCCCCCGCUGGCUGGUCAAGGUCGGGCGCGUCGACGAGGCGCGCUACAUCCUCCAGCGCCUCCGGGGCAGCGAGGGCGAGGACGGCGAGGCGGCCGAGGCCGAGGUCCAGGACAUUGUGCGCAUCCACGGCAUGGAGGAGGAGACGUCGAGCCAGCAGUCGUACUGGGCCAUGUUCUGGGGCGUCGGCUCCGGCAAGCUCCACACGGGCCGCCGCGUCCAGCUCGUCGUCUGGCUCCAGAUCCUGCAGGAGUGGGUGGGCAUCGCGGGCAUCACCAUCUACGGGCCGACCAUCUUUACCAUCGCCGGCAUCUCCUCGCAGGACCGCCUCUGGGUCAGCGGGCUCAACAACAUCACCUACAUGUUCGCCACGCUCGUCUGCGUCUUCACCCUCGACCGCAUCGGCCGCCGCUGGACCCUGUACUGGGGCGCCGCCGCCAUGGGCGUCUGCAUGUUCGCCGCGGGCGGGCUCGCGCGGGCCACCAUCGACGCGGCACCGGAGAAGCGAGCGGGCGUGGGAGGGGCGGCCACCUUCUUCGUCUUCCUGUACACGGCCGUCUUCGGCGCCACCUGGCUCACCGUGCCCUGGCUGUACCCGGCCGAGAUCUUCCCCUUGCAGGUCCGCGCCAAGGGCAACGCGUGGGGUGUGGUCGGGUGGUCCAUCGGCAACGGCUGGUGCGUGCUGCUGCUGCCGACCAUCUUCGAUAAGCUCAACGAGAAGACGCUGUACAUCUUUGGCGGGGUCAACGUCUUCUGCAUCGCCGUCGUCUGGGCGCUGUACCCGGAGUCCAACCAGCGCACGCUCGAGGAGAUGAACCUCGUCUUCUCGUCCGACAGCAUCUGGGCCUGGGACGCCGAGAAGGAGUUUGCCCGCCUGAAGCAGGAGAACCCGGAGCUCGUGCAGGCCGCGCGGAGGGGGAGCCACGCUGCCGAUCCUGAGAUGGGCGAGCGCAAGAACAGCAAGGCCAAGGUGGCGACCACUGAGAAGGUUGAGCUGAGCUCU